CUUACUAACAACAACCACUCCCACCAUAAACCCCUCUCUCUCUCUCUAAAAUACUUUUCAUUUUUUCUCUUACAAUUACUGGUUGGCUUUUAUGGCUGCACUGAUAUACUUUUCAACAACGUUCAUGAUCCAUGAUCGUCAUCUCUUCUUCUUCUUCUUGCAGUUCUUUAAGUUCACAUCGUAAUUCCACCUCAGCUACUAAUAAUCGUCGUCCAUAUAUAUGUAUGUAUGUAUCGGACAGGGCGGUCGGGGAAUUGAUGAUAUGAGGCUGUUGAGGAUAGGUGCAGAUGGCUGUCGGAGAGGGUUUUUGAUGCAGCGGAUUAAUUUCCGACAAGGUAAUUGAUUGAUUGGACGAUAGAUGGAGUAUCUGUUUCGGACCGGGGAGCCGGAACAAGGAGAUCAGAUUCUCCGGCGUAUGCUGCGGAGUCUUCGAUUGACUUACAUUUGCGUAUGGUCUUACAUGGAUCAUCCAUUCAACUUCCUGCAAGGCAUCAAUGGAGUUUACGAAGAAGAAGGGAGUAGUAGCAGGGCGAGCUCGUCGUCGUCGUCGGGGAGCCGAGCGAGGGAGCUCUUCAAUGUCUACAGACAAAUGAGAGAUAUAUGCGUCAUUCAGAUCGGGGAGAGGGUUCCUGGACAUGCUUUUAGGACUCGAAACCCUUAUUUAGAGGUGAAGAUGCCUGACCUUUAUGGCAGGGUUUACACAUCGGAGCAAUUAAGGUUUUACCAGGAGGCUAGGAUUAAGACGGCUGUCUUCAUAGGAUGCAACCUCGGCGAGAUCGAGAUGGGAAUGUCCACGGAUCCUCCGAUAGAUCUGAGACAAAUGGUGGAGAGCUUAUUCCCGCCGCCGGCGAUACAUCCGCCGAUCGAUCCGAACCACCAGCAGCAGCCGCCGUCGUCGUCUUCCUCGUCCCUACUAUCUCUAUCAGUAGACGACAGCGUCGAAUUCCCAACUCUACUGUACAACGCUCUCCCGACAUCUUUUAUGCAAAAUCCCCAAAUUGGGGAAACCCAAUUGGAGAAUGCACUAAGAGCAUCGCCGCUGCCGGCGCCGGCGACGGCGCCGGUCAGAAUUCCUUACCACCAGUCGAUUUCAAGCCAGAUGCGCGACGUGUGUCAAUGGCGGAGCAUAGAAAGCGAGGAUGAUACGAUGAUGAAAGCAAUCCUUGCAGUGCUGUCCUCGUCUUCGUCUCCACCGCGUGGUCAACGCCCGCCUGCAUUCCGGCGAUAUCGAGGCCAGCGGCCGCCGCCCCCCACGGCGGCAAUGUGGCGGCCGAGCUUGUUCAAAAGAGCUAUUGUGUACUUGAGAAGCCUGGCCACUCAUCAGGCCGCCGGAAACCCUCGCCAGAUGACGGCGCAGUCAUUACAGCAUUCGAUGCAAGAAAGAAAGCGGCGGCGGAAGAUCAACGACAGCCUCAACGUCCUCAAAUCACUACUCCCUCCCGGAUCAAAGAAGGAUAAGGCGUCGGUGCUCCAGAGCACGAUCGAAUGUGUGAGUGAAUUGAGAAGUCAGGUGUCGGAACUGCUGAAGAAGAAUCAAAUUCUCGAAUCGCAGCUUAAUUCGGCGGCGGUUCCAACAACAUUGGAGGAAUCGAGCAGCGGUGAAAGGGUGAGGGUGGAGACAGCUCAGGUGUCGUCGUCGUCGAAUUCAGAAGCAAGGUUGCUGGAAAUGAGAAUUACUGUAAGAGGGGAAGACAGCAGCAUGUUGGAUUUGGUAAUUCGUCUUCUGGAAUUCCUAAAGCAGCAGAGGAAUCUAAGCUUGAUGUCCAUAGAAUCCAACACCGCCAUGUCCCAACAAAACAUUCCACUACAUGGAAUAAUACUUGUAUUCAAAAUUCACGAGGAAGAUGAAUUUGACGAGGCUGGCUUCCAAGAAGCAGUGAGAAGGGUAUGUAUGUAAUUGACUCAUCAUUAUAUAUCCAUAUCCAUAGCCUGUGUUUGUUUGUCUUUUAGAAUUUUUGACGACCAUAAAACACCACCCAUCAUCCAACACAUGUCCAUCCAUUGGCCACACAAACACAAUUAUAUAUAUAUAUAUAUGUAUGUAUUAUUACAACCUUUACUUCUCCCAAAUUAUUCAUACUCAUCAUACUAUACAUAUAAUAUAUUACUAUCCAUUUAUAUAUAUAUAUAUAUAUAUUCGGCUGCCCUUUUGGAAUUUCAAUCUUGGCAUCCUCUCACUUUCCUAUUUCUCUCUUCAUUAUUAUUAUUAUUAUUAUUAUUAUUAUUGAUUGAUGAUGAUCUAGAAAUUAUUGCACUUUUUUGUUUGUACUACUUUUCCCCUCAAUUUUGGCAUCCCCGGUAAGGUGUUUUUCUUGCGAGAUCCAGGAGUGUCAGGUCCCGGGGAUGAUUUGAUUUAAUUUGUUUGUGGACCCCGACUCCCGGAACCUGAUAUAUGUCGAGCAUUUUAU